AUGUAGUCAAUGUAUAUUCAGUAUAUAUGUCACUGUUAAUUUUCUAUAUUAUAAUUUGACUAAUAUUAUUCAAAAAGAAUAAAUGAAUAAUCAUACAGAGUGUAUUUUAUACGAUCAGCUGUAGAUACAAAUAUAAAUAAUAUAUAAUUCUGAACUUGUAUAAUAAUCUUGUAGUGUAUCUCGUGUUUGUGUUAUCCUGCAUUCAUAGUGCACAGAUUUUGCGUGUAUAAAAAAUGGCCAAUAAAAGAGGCAAUUACUUUAAUUACCUUAGGGAUCCAAUUAUCCCUGUUCCACAUUCAACUUUACAAAGUCGUGAACAACAGAGAGUCGAUGAUGAAGAAGAAAGAAAUAAUGUAAAUAGAGAAGUCGAUCCGAUUAUUGAAAAUAUCGAAAUGAAUAUUGGCGAUAUAGAUGAUACAAUCCAAUUAAAUGCUAGUAGUAAUGAUGAUUCCGAUAAUGUUGAUAAUAUCAGUGUUGAAAAUGGCGAACUCAAUGAAAACUUAAAUGAGAUAUUGAAUGGCCCUGAAAUAAAUGAGAUGUGUCCUGAUGUAAUUGACAAUGAUGUAGAGGAUGAUAAUGAAGAAGAGCAAGUUGAAGAAAGCAAUUAUGCUGACAUCAAUGCUGAAGUAAACGUAAUUUUGAAUGUUGAUAAUGAUAAUGAAGCUGUACAAGUACAAAUAAAUGAGGAAGUAAGGCAGCCUAUUUUUGAAGGAGUUUCACUUACAAAGGAGGAAAGUGAUUUACUUAUCAUGAGCUACGUUGUUCGUCAUAGCCUUUCAGAUGUAGCAUUAGAAGAUCUUUUAGAGUUGAUUAAUUGUCAUCUUCCAGAAAAAUUAAAUUACUCUAAGUAUAGAUUUUUAAAAAGGUAUCCUAAAUUAUCUGAAUUGAAGAGUUUUUUUACUGUCCGGAUUGUUUAGAGUUAUUAACAUUUGGAAAUGCUUCACACACAAGAUAUAGGUCUUGUGACAAAGUAUUUCUUCUCAAUUCAUUGAAACGUAACGGACACUUUUUCUACAUAUUCCGUUGAAAUCCCAAUUAAUUAACUUAUUUUCAAGUCCACUUUUUAAUGAAUUAAACAGAAAUCACGCAAAUGAAACACUGAGCGAUGUAACUAGUGGAGCAGUAUAUAAAUUUUUAAAAGAAAAUAAUAUCAUUUCUAAUUAUGAUAUAUCUUUGCAAUGGAAUGCUGAUGGAGUACAGACGUUUAAAUCUUCUAAGGUAUUCAUGUGCCCAAUUCAAGUCACGAAAAACCGGGCUUGAAUUUAUUUAUGAAACCAUUUGUUGACGAAUUAAAAGAUUUGCAUGAGAAUGGUUUUCAAUGUUUACCACCUAAUUCUGAUGAACCAGUCACAGUGAAAGUUCAUACAAUUUUGGCCCCAGUGAAUUCUGUUGAAAGAUGCGCACUCCAGAACCUACAUCAGUAUAAUGGCGUAUGCGGCUGUACAUUCUGCCUAAAUCCAGGUGAGCAUAUUCCUGUUGGUAGUUAUGCCCGCGUAUACAGUGGAGGAGAAGGUGUAAAAAGAACGGAAGAUCAACAUUUCAGAGAUGCAAUACAGGCUCAACAAGAAGAGAAUACUAUUAAUGGAGCAAAAGGAGUUUCUGUAUGUUGCUUCCAGUUUUUAAUAUUAUAAGAUCCUUCCCACCUGAGUAUAUGCAUUCCGUUUUACUGGGAGUAGUAAAACGCUUUCUUUCUAAUUGGAUAGAUCCUAAAAAUUAUAAUGAAUCGUGGUAUAUUGGGACUAAAUCACCUAUUAUUGAUGAUAAAUUUACACAGAUACUACUUCCAUCUGAAGUUACAAGAACUCCUCAAUCUACUGCAAAUCUCAAGCAAUGAAAAGUAUCUGAAUACAAGAACUUUUUGCUAUACUACUCAUUGCCUACAUUAAAAGAUAUCCUUCCAUCUAAUUUUUACAAACAUUGGUCUUUAUUUGUUUAUGCUGUAAAUGUAUUCAAUAGUGAUAACAUUGAAGAACGUGCUUUUUUGAAAGCUACGUCUGCAAUAAAACUUUUUGUUACGAAAGCAGAAAUGUUGUAUGGAAAACAGAUUAUGAAAUAUAAUCUUCACCUAAUGUUGCACAUA